GGCCGCCACCGCCACCACCGCCAGCCACCACGGAGGAAAAGCAAGGGAAGGAUGUGGGUUUUUGGUUACGGGUCUCUCAUUUGGAAGGUGGACUUCCCCUAUGAGGACAAGCUGGUUGGCUAUAUCUCAGGCUACAGCAGGCGCUUCUGGCAGGGCAGCACCGACCACCGCGGAGUUCCUGGCAAGCCUGGAAGAGUUGUGACUCUUGUUGAAGACCCUGCGGGUUGUGUAUGGGGUGUUGCUUACAGACUGCCAGUAGGAAAGGAAGAAGAAGUAAAAGCAUACCUUGAUUUCAGAGAGAAAGGAGGCUACAGGACCACAAAAGUCAUUUUUUAUCCAAAAGAUUCCAUAACAGAACCAUUCAGUGUGUUGCUAUAUAUUGGAACAUGUGAUAAUCCUAAUUAUCUUGGUCCUGCACCUCUGGAAGACAUCGCUGAACAAAUUUUUAAUGCAGCUGGUCCAAGUGGAAAAAAUACAGAAUAUCUUUUUGAACUUGCAAAUUCUAUGAGAAGCCUUGUGCCAGAAGAUGCAGAUGAGCAUCUUUUCUCUUUAGAAAAAUUAGUAAAGGAACGUUUAGAAGGAAAGCAGAACUUCAAUAGCAUAAAAAGACCUAACUGAUUUUUCCACACAAGCAGAACUUUUAAUCUUCAGAGAAUGGCUUCACUGCACAAUAUGAUUUGUAAACGUGUUUACUUGAAAGUCUUAGUUGUGUUUAAUGUUGUAGUCAAGAUAAUAUCUAAAUUCACAGUUUAAUUGCAACUGGCCUGGAACUCAUACAUACUCAAAAUAUUGGGAUACAGAUAAAGAAAAAAUUCAUUUCAAUAAUAUAAUGAAUGAUUCUCCAGCUAUGAUAUUGACUACUUGCUCAUGAGAAGUUCUUUAGAAAAAUACAAUGAAGGACUCAGUUCAGAUCUUGUUUUUAUCUAAAUAAAUACAAUUCUGUUGUUUCAUAUUGCAAUUUUAAAGUUGUAGAGAAUUAGACCAAAAGUCCAAUAAUUAUAAUAAGGCUAUGCCUUUAAUAUAUUCCCAUAUGUUAACUCUGUAAUCAUGGUUUAAGAUAAAUAAGCUUGAAAUAACAUAUAAGUAGAUAUAUAUGGUAAUGUAGACAAGAUUUUGGCCUUGAUCGUGAACUUCUUUGUUUAGAUUUUAAAUGAAACUCCAAUUUAAGCCAAAAAGUUAGCAUUCUAAUAUAAAAACUUCCUUGGAAUUAUA